GACCCGGGGGUGUAUUCAUUACGCCGUGUGUUGCAAAACGUUUUGCUACACAAACCGUUUACUCCAAACGCUGUUGACUUUUGUUUUUAAACGAAAGUUGUAGUUCAGUGGUGUCUCGCUUCAAAAAUAAAUACGCGGCUGGAAGAAAUUGUAACGCCACUUGAGAGCAUGGAAUAGUCAGUCAACAGAUUGUACGUGCCGUUGAAGAGCGUUCGGAGCCGUUCCUGUUGCUAAACGUUUUGCGAUAGAAUCGACGUAAUGAAUACACCCUAGACCAGCCGCUCUCCUGUCGGCUGGCUAUCAUCUGAAUCUGUUAGUGGCUUUGGGUGUCUGACUACUUACUCUUCGUGCCCGCCGUCACCAUGACAGCAGAGGAGAUCAUCAAUGUGAAGGAGGUGGAGAUCAUCAAGGUGAUCCUGGACUUCCUCAACUCCAGGAAACUUCACAUCAGCAUGCUGGCCCUGGAGAAAGAGAGCGGAGUCAUCAACGGACUCUAUUCUGACGACAUGCUGUUCCUCAGACAGCUGGUGUUGGAUGGGCAGUGGGACGAGGUGCUCCAGUUCAUUCAGCCGUUGGAGUGCAUGGACACGUUUGACAGGAAAAGGUUCCGUUACAUCGUCCUGAAGCAGAAGUUUCUGGAGGCCCUGUGUGUGAACAACGCCAUGUCUGCUGAGGACGAGCCACAGCAUUUGGAGUUCACCAUGCAGGAGGCAGUGAAGUGUCUUCAUGCUCUGGAGGAGGUGUGUCCCUCUAAAGAUGACUACAGCAAGCUAUGUCUGCUCCUCACCCUGCCUCGUCUCACCAACCACGCUGAGUUCAAGGACUGGAACCCCAGCACGGCGCGGGUGCACUGUUUUGAAGAGGCGUGCACCAUGGUGGCGGAGUUCAUCCCUGCAGACAGGAAGCUGAGCGAAGCUGGGUUCAGGGCCUCAGGGAACCGCCUCUUCCAACUCCUCAUUAAAGGAGUUCUGUAUGAGUGCUGCGUCGAGUUCUGCCAGAGCAAGGCGACAGGCGAGGAGAUUACGGAGGGCGAGGUGCUCCUGGGGGUGGACAUGCUGUGUGGGAACGGCUGUGACGACCUGGACCUGUCCUUACUGUCCUGGAUGCAGAACCUGUCACACAGCGUCUUCUCCUGCGCCUUCGAGCAGAAGCUGCUCCAGAUCCACGUGGACCGCCUGGUCAAGCCCGCCAAGGCCGGCUACGCAGACCUCCUCACCCCGCUAAUCAGCAAGCUGUCCCCCUACCCCUCCUCGCCCCUCCGCCGCCCCCAGUCCGCCGAUGCCUACAUGUCCCGCUCCCUGAACCCGGCCCUGGACGGGCUGUCCUAUGGUCUGUCUGGCCAGGAGAAGAGGGGCCCAGGGGGGGACAUGGCCGGGGGGAAGGGGGUGUCCCCCAUGUCUCAUUCCUUCGCUAACUACCACACGGGGGGCCAGAGUCUGAGCAGGAGUCUGAUGCUGGAGAGCUCCGACUGCCACAGCAUCUUUGAGGAGUCGCCUGAGAGCUCCAGGACGGACACGCCCGUGGAUAAGAUGAUGAGUUCGGGCACCCUGCGCCCUGACUCCGCCCCUGGAGAGGACGCCCCGUCACCAGGCUCUACAGAGAGGAACGAGCUGCAUGACUCGACAGAGAAGUUUGAGGAGUUUUACCGCCAGCGUCUGAGAGUGCAGCAGCACCUGGAACAGAAGCAGCAGCAGAGACAACUCUACCAGCAGAUGCUUCUGGAGGGAGGGGUACAACACAGUGACCAGCCAGCCCCCGGGACAGACGCCAUGCAGCACAGCCUCACUGAGACGUUCCUCAACAGGUCUAUUCAGAAGCUGGAGGAGUUGAACGUUGGGAUGGAGAGUCUAGAGGAGGAUGUCCAGUCUCUGGCCCAGCAGUGCAAUGGUACCGGACCCUCUCCCGAGAACAACAAUAUCGGUGACCCUGUAGGCUUGACCCCUGACCCCGCCGUGACCCUGACCCCUGAGCAGGGCCAGCCCCAUGGAGGAGGGGUGGUCAGCAGCACGCCACAACGCACCGCAGCGGGUCGGGGGGUACACCCACCGAACGAAUCCCCAGUGGUCUGCCAGAGUCCUCAAGUAGCCGGACUGCCUUCCGCAUUAGACGACUCACCAGGAGCCCUAACCCGAAGUAAGGAGGGGGACAAUGGGGACAAGCCCAAGGCCCUGUUUGUAGCUGUGAACACCUUGGAGGACACUCAGGCAGUGCGCGCUGUAGCCUUCCACCCCACGGGGGCGCUAUACGCUGUGGGCUCCAACUCUAAGACGCUACGCGUGUGUGCCUACCCAGAUGCACCGCUGGACACCAGUGGGGUGUCGGGUAUGACCAAGCAGCCGGAGGUUCGCUUUAAGAGGAAUAAGCACCAUAAAGGUUCUAUCUACUGUGUGGCCUGGAGUCACUGUGGAAAGCUACUAGCCACCGGCUCCAAUGACAAAUACGUCAAAGUCCUGCCCUUCAGUGCCGAGACCUGCAACGCCACAGGUCCAGACCUGGAGUUCAGUAUGCACGACGGUACCAUCAGAGACCUGGCGUUCAUGGAGGGACCAGAGAGUGGAGGGGCCAUCCUGAUCAGCGCCGGAGCUGGAGACUGUAACAUCUACACCACUGACUGCCAGAGAGGACAGGGCCUACACGCUCUCAGCGGACACACAGGUCACGUUCUGUCUCUGUAUACGUGGGGAGGGUGGAUGAUAGCGUCAGGCUCUCAGGACAAGACUGUGAGGUUCUGGGACCUGAGGAUACCCACUUGUGUUAGAGUGGUGGGCACUGCCUUCCAUGGAUCAGGCAGUCCCGUUGCCUCGGUAGCGGUUGACCCUAGCGGUCGUCUCCUAGCGACGGGACAGGAGGACAGCGGCUGUAUGCUCUAUGACAUCAGAGGGGGACGCGUUGUGCAGACGUACCGGCCCCACUCCAGCGACGUGCGCUCCGUUAGGUUCUCCCCCGGGGCACACUACCUGCUCACUGGUUCCUACGACACCAAGGUCAUGAUCAGCAACCUGCAAGGUGACUUGACGAAGCCGUUGCCCCUGACUCUGGUAGGGGAGCACGGUGACAAGGUGAUCCAGUGCAGGUGGCAUACACACGACCUGUCCUUCCUCUCCUCCUCUGCUGACCGUACCGUCACACUCUGGACACACAACCCCUAAUAGACACACACUCACGCAACACAACCCCUAACAGACACACACGACCUGUCCUUCCUCUCCUCCUCUGCUGACCGUACCGUCACACUCUGGACACAGAACCCAUAACAGACACACACACACUCACGCAACACAACCCCUAACAGACACACACGACCUGUCCUUCCUCUCCUCCUCCACUGACCGCACCGUCACACUCUGGACACACAACCCCUAACAGACACACACUCUGGACACACAACCCCUAACAGACACACACACACUCACGCAACACAACCCCUAACAUGCACAUAGCUUGUGAACACACACAAAUAUAGACACACAAACACAACCAUAAGUCACAUAUAGUGGACAUGCAUAACCUGUAAUACACAACCUGGACACACACAUGCACCCUUUUCCUGACACUCUUUUUCCUCUUGCAUCAAACAGGACAGUUUGUCCCGCUGUACAUUUGGUUGUGUGGCUGUCUGGGUAUCGUUUAGCUGUAUUUAGGUUUGAUUUCGUAUCUUGCUCAGCUCCCCUCAACAUCACUGCUUCUGUGAACAACUCUCACUUUAGCAAAUGCAUCCCCUAGUUGUGUGUGUGUGAGUGAAAAAGUGCACCAACUGACCCUUCCCUUCGCUCCAUCACGCCAUUCCUCCACUCGCCCAUGACUCUUCACAUAUUCAUCUACAAAUGAUACAUCUACUCCAUCAUGUUUUGAAUAAGGAGAGGGAUGUUUUGCUACAGUGCAUUGUUUCAUAUGGUGUCUUGAGUUAUCCAGUCUCCCAAUACAGAAACCCAUGUGGGUCCCUCUCCAUUUCAGGUCAAAAAGUGAAGUUAUCUGAGAUCUUUUCAAGAACAAAUUGACAUUCCUAAUUAGUUUGCACAGUCAGUGUUUUUGUUACAGCGUGUGUUACUAUGCUGCUAUUAUUUGAGAAGAAACCAAGGCAACGAUGUUGCGAUCUAAACUGCUGACAAUAUGUCAGUGUGUGACUCGGUCCAUCAGGUCCUCCUUGCCGGAGUUGAAUCUGUUGCAUCAAUUAGCUAUCGGUUGCUUAGCUGUUGUCAAUACUACUACUGUGGGAGUUUCCGAUGCCUAACGUUACUGUGCAAGUCUGCCCACCGUAUUUCUGCUUUAGGCUUUGUAGAUAUCAGAGUCAAAAAUGUGUACGUUUUUAAUGCUGAAUCAGUGUUUGGUGCAAAAUGCUCUCUUCAGACAGUUGUUGUGGUGUUUCUUGCUAUGGCUUGCCUCCAAAUAGGACAAAUAAAAGUUGUUUUAUAUCGACUUGGAAGGGAAUAACAGGUCUACUUGUUGGCUUGGCCAGCUUCAGCAACACUCCCUGUGUAGUGUAGCUUUGCUUUCAUCUGCAAUGUUACUGGUUGCUACCUAGAUGGCAGGCUCUGCCUAAUUCGAAAGGGAGUAGCUUGUGCACAAGAUCUUCUAAAACGAUCAACCGUAUUCAGGGUGUUUUGCGUUUCUUACUUUCAGCUUCUGUAUUUUGCACUUUGUCACUAGACACACCAUUUAAUACGGUUUUGUUUGAUUUAGCAAAAUGCAGGCUUGAGUUUUAGGCUUUGUUCUUUGUACAGUUUCUCAUUUUAAAUUUAAAAGGCCAAACUAAUAAAUAGAUGUAUUUAUUUAUCUUUUAUUAUUUUAAAAUGUUCUUGUAAUAUAGGCAUCCUGUUCUGUUGAUAUGAAAUUAGAUAGUGGUUCCGGUAUGUAGCUUUUCUAAACCUUGUUUUAAGUGACUAAGAGAAAUGAAUAGAGCUUAUUGAAGUGUGAUCGCUGCUGUGGUAUCUAAAUAAAAUCCUCUUUGACAUUUCAUACUGAA